UGAUUUAAUUAUUAUUAUUUUUUCAUUGCUAUGCUCCCUCGAUAUUAAGAAGGAUCUAAUAGAGCACUUUAGACCCUUGCCAUCCUUCUAUAACGUAAGCGUCUUCUUCUGUGCUGCUAAUCUAUCGCUAUAAGUCAGUCCGGGCCAUGUCCUCCUUCUUUGCAAACUUUAAUCAGUUUUAUUAAACUUCUGAACCCUUCCUUGCUCUCAAGGCCCCGAAACAAUGCUGGGAAGCAAGGAAGGAGCAGAUCAUACUUUGGAGAAUGUUGUGUGCAUCACAAACAUAGAGGCAAAGAAGGGCCUGAGUAGAAGAAAGUCAAUGAAUUUGAGUUCGAAUGUCGAAGGUCCCUUUUUUGUUUGCUUGGAAGCCUUUCAAGUGGUCUUUUCCAACCAAACCCUCCCAUAUCUAUAUAUAUAAAAGAGUGAUGGCAUCACGGCGACCCACAAAACAACAAAACUACAGGCCCCCCAACCUCAAAAUUUGACAACACAACCCAUCAUCCACGCCUCUAGGUUGAUACAACAAAAAGAAAAGAAAAAUAAAGUCCUAAUUAGAGAGAGAGGAAUAAUUGCUUUUAUCCAAUUGCUGCCAGUUAGAAGGCUAAGCUCCUCCAACUUGGUCUCCUAGCAACCCAAUAAAAAAUAAUUAAAAACACUAAAAAAUUAAUACAAUAAAAUACUAUAACAGAAAAUAACUAAAAAUAAUACAAGAAAAUAAUAAAAUAUAAUAAAUAAAAAUAUAACUUACAAUAAAAUUAAUUUAAAAAAUGCAAAUAGCGUCAAAUAAAAAUUACACAACAAUUUUUAACCAAUACCACCACCACUUUGCCACAGCAACGCGUGGCCGGGCACAGCUGGUGCUUUAUAAACAUCCUUCUGCCCUGCUGCUAUUGCAAACAGGUUUUGCAAGGAAUGGGGGGAAAAAACAACAUGAGAACAGGUGGGAUGAAUGUGCAAAUGUUGAAUUAUGAUCCCACUGCCUCCAUUUCUGAGCAAAACCGUUCGUGUUGUCAGCCUUGGAGAGCAAAGGCUUGGCCGUUCGUUCCCCAGCCACAAUUUGUGAGUAUUUUGAAUGGAGAAAACUGCAUUAUACAGCCUUUCACAACUGCUCCCAUGCAGCAAUUUUUUGCAAUCCGGUGAAAGACCCAAAACACAAAAGAAAUUAAGCCUUAUUCAAUCCUUGCUGAAAUGUUAAGGUCACUAUUACUGCCUAAUAUUUGAAAUGGUGGUAAAGAGGAUGGACCCAGGCAUUUUAACAAAGUGUUGUCGAAGGCUUUCAUAACCGGAAAUGCUAGAUUGCUGUGAGUUUUCCAGGCUGGCCAUGCUCCACAAGCAUUCUCUCCUGACGUUUCUCCCACAUCUAUGGCAGGCAUCCUCAGAGGUAGUGAGGUCUGUUGGAAACUAGGCAGGUGGGGUUAUAUAUAUGGAAUUAUGUCCAGGGUGGGAGAAAGAACUCUUUGUCUGUUUGAGCCAAGUGUGAAUAUUGCCAUUGGCCAGCGUGAUUCAAAUUGAAUUGCCUUCCAGCUCAUGCACCUGUAAGGAUUAUAAUUUGUCUGUUUCCAUUGUUCUAUUCUGUAUAUUAGUUAGUAAUAGGACAACUGUAUCUUUUCACGUAUUAUAGAUUUCUGUGUACUUUAGUGUUGCAGCUUCAAAGCCUGGCUACUUCAUGCUUGGAGGAAACUUUUGUUGGGAGGUGUUAGCUGGCCCUGAUUGUUUCCUGUCUGGAAUUCCCAUAUUUUCUGAGUGUUGUUCUUUAUUUAUUGACCUGAUUAUAGAGUUUUUUUUAAAAAAAUACUGAUAGCCAGAUUCUGUUCAUUUUCAUGAUUUCCUCCUUUCUGUUGAAAUUGCCCACGUGCUUCAUGUGGAUUUCAAUGGCUUCUCUGUGUACUCUGGUGGUUGUGAGAGUGGUCCAGCAUUUCUGUGUUCUCAAAUAAUAUGCUGUGUCUUGGUUGGUUCAUCAAGAGCUCUGCCAUGGCUGACUUCUCUGGUUAAAAUCUAGAGUUGGACCACUAUGACAAUCACCAUGACAGAGAAGUCACUGAAUCCCACAAUAAUAAAAUAAAUAAUAAAAAUAAAACUUUAUUUAUACCCCGCCACCAUCUCCCCAGGUACUCGGGGGGCUUACAUGGGGCCAUGCCCAGAACAAUACAAUAUAAACAGCAUAUAAAAGAACAGCAUGUGGACAAUUUCAAAAGAAAGGAGGAAACCAUAAACAUAAAAACAAUCUGGCUACCAGUAUUUUUUAAAAAAAACUCUAAAAUCAGGACAGUAAGUAAAGAUCAACACUCAAGAAUGGAAAUUUCAGACAGGAAACAAUCAGGGCCAGCUAACACCUCCCAACAAAGGGUUCCCCCAAGCUGCCAGGCCUUGAUGCUACAAGGCUUAUCAAGGUGUCCAACUGCAACAUUCGCACUUGCCUAUAACAGAAAAGAGUUAUUUCUUUCUCCCACUCUGGACAUUAUUCCACGGAUAUAUUAACCCCACUUGUCUAGUUUCCAACAGACCUCACAACCUCUGAGGAUGUCUGGCAUAGAUGUGGGUGAAAUGUCAGGAGGGAAUGCUUCUAGAACAUGGCCAGACAGCCCGGGAAACUCACAGCAAGCCGUUGUCGAAGGCUUUCAUGGCCGGGAUCACAGGGUUGUUGUAUGUCUUUCGGGCUGUGUGGCCAUGUUCCAGAAGUAUUCUCUCCUGACGUUUCGCCCACAUCUAUGGCAGGCAUCCUCAGAGGUUGUGAGGUAUUUUAGCAAAGCCAUUUUAGCAAAAAGUGACAAUGGCUGGUAGAACAAUGCAAUGGCAGGGAACCUUUAGAAGGCUGUCUAACAUAGAAUCGUAGAGUUAGAAGAGGCCCCAAGGGCCAUCUAGUCCAACCCCCUCUGUCAGACAGAAGCACUAAGCCCUCCCAACAGAGAGCCAUCCAGACUUUGCUUAAAACCCUCUAGAGAUGCCGCUGGACUCUCAAGCAGCAUAUCUGACAACUCUGAUAGUUUGAUGUUCAAAUUGGCUAGAGAUAAGCUAAAGGUGGGAAGAAGGUUGAAACAUGAGCACACACACCUUCCUCUUGGACUUAGCUGUGAUCUAAAUCCUUACUAAACUGCGGGAAAUGUCCAGUGUCCACACAAGCUGGGCUCUCUCUUGCAAAACGGCUUCCCCAUGUUGGUUGCUUCAUCCACCCACCCCGCCUCCACCCAUUUCUGUUGCACCAUCAAUGCGUUGAUACCUGAACCAGUUACUUUAUCUAUGGAGGGAACCAAGCCUGGGAAACGACAGUGUGGGUUAGGAUUUUUACCAUCUGAAUGUGGAUGUUCUAAGUUCCCGUCAAUGUGAAUGCCCUUUCCUGGUGACUCUUGUGUCAGCGGGACGGGGAAUCCUGUUUGGAAUUUAAUCCGGAUUCUAAAGUCCAGGUGCCAUACCUCCUGUGGUGAUAGGAGAGGCGUCAUUCCAUGCAAGGUGGUCUACACCUUCCCACCAUCAUGUCUCCAAAUUUUGGUCAAGUUUUAACUGUAGCGCCAGUCAGGUGUGAAACUAAAUUUCCCAAAAUUUGAGGCCUCUAACUGCUAGACCCUCUUAUCUGAAGGGUAGUCAGCGUGCGCAUAACAUGUAACAAAAUGCCAUUUUUGGAAUCUAGUAAAAUGGAAACUGGGGGAGUCCCCGGUGGCGCGUGUUAAAGUGCUGAACUUGCGGACCAAAAGGUUGCAGGUUCAAAUUCAGGGAGCGGAGUGAGCACCUGCUGUUAGGCCCAGCUUUUGCCAACCUAGCAGUUCGAAAACAUGCAAAUGCGAGUAGAUCAAUAGGUUCCGCUCCGGCAGGAAGGUAACGGCACUCCAUGCAAUCAUACCGAUGGUCACAUGACCUUGGAGGUGUCUACGGAUAACGCUGGCUCUUCGGCUUAGAAAUGGGGAUGAGCAUCAACCCCCAGAGUGUGAGUAGAUUAAUAGGUACUGCUCCGGCGGGAAGGUAACGGCGCUCCAUUUAGUCCUGCCAGUGGCCACAUGACCUUGGAGGUGUCUACGGAUAAGAUAAGGAGAUCCAGAUCAGCAACGACUGCAGUUGGAGAUCUUACAUUUUGGGAAACUUAGUUUAACACCUGACCGGCGCUGUGGUUAAAAUUUGAACAAAAUUAGAGGCGUGAUAGUGGAAACCUUUAAAAAAAAAUUAGACUACUUGGCAUGGAAUUUAUUAAUUUAUUUACAGUAUUUAUACCUCACCCCAAAGGGGACUCAGAGUGGUUUAUAGAACACACAUAUGGCAAUCAUUCAAUGCCGUUAUACAAUUAACAAAGACAGACAACACACAAGCAGAAGUAAAGGCAUUUCCUAUGUUAUUUCCGGCAUCUUGGAGGCUGUGCUCGACUCUGAUCACGGGGGAGUGCUAUUGCUCCGUCUUCUAUGCCGAGGAGCUUUUUGUCAUCUUUGGACAUCCUUAAGGUCACCUUUUAAAAAUUACCCCCCAUUAAAAGCGGUACCUAUUUAGCUACUCACAUUUCUGCUUUCGAUCUGCUAGGUGGGCAGGUGAGCUGGGGCUGAUGGCAAGUGCUCACCCCGACCCGGGCUCGAACUGCUGAUCUUUUGAUCGGCAGGAUUUCUGCAGCACAGUGGUUUAGUCUCUUGUGCUAAGACUGGCCCAGAAUGAGCCAAAAUUCCUUCAGAUUACCCUGUUUCCCUGAAAAUAAGACAUCCCCGAAAAAUAAGACCUAGUAGAAGUUUUGCUCAAUUGCUAAAUAUAAGGCCUCCCCCGAAAGUAAGACCUAGGAAAGUUUUUGUUUGGAAGCAUGCUCGCUGAACAGAACACCAGAGCAUGCAGGGUUGGUAAAUGUACAUACCAGCUAUACGUGAAAUUCUUGAUAGGAUUCAGAGUUUUUGUCUGGUUACGUUGGUUUGUGAUGAUAAUAAUAAUAAUAAUAAUAAUAAUAAUAAUAAUAAUAAUAAUAAUAAACUUUAUUUUUAUAUCCCGCCCCAUCUCCCCGAAGGGACUCAGGGCGGCUCACAACAGGGACAAGCCCGAAAACAACAACACAAGACAUUUGACCAAAAACAUUCCAACGAUUCACAAAAUAAAUAAUAAAUACAUUAAAAUCCAAGCAAUAAAAUCAGAGAAUUAAAAACAAACCAGCGGGGACAGGUUUCAUAAAGUGCUGUCAUAAAGUGAUGACAUCUACUGUACAGUAUAUAAUAAAUGCUCAUUUUUUGUUCAACAAUAAAUGUGAAUUCUUCUUCAUGGAAAAAUAAGACAUCCCCUGAAAAUAAGACCUAGAGCAUCUUUGGGAGUAAAAAUUAAUAUAAGACACUGUCUUAUUUUCGGGGAAACACGGUAGAAACCACGGCAGAUUAACCAACCUGCUGCCACUUAGAUCCACCUCUAUUGAGCUGUUUCUGAAACAAAAUAUUUUGACAAUGCAAAAAUAAUGGGAUGGGGAGGAUUCAAACGGUGUACCUUUAGUUAAAGCUAAAGCAAGGCAUUUUUAAACACACACAAAUAUGUGUUUCUCAGGUAAAUAAGUGACGCUGAUGACAAUGGAGUUAACAGCCAUUGGGAGGGAUGGUGGGUGGGGAAAAAAACACUGGAUCUAAAGCAAAAGGAAGGCAAUUUGAGAGAGAUCUGGACAAGCGAGCCAAGUGCAUAUUGCAUAGAAACCCUUCUUGUGGACAGGAGCAAAAGAAAGAACAUUUUCCGUUGAUUGUUGUUAUUGCUGCCCUUCUAGAGAUAGGCUGACGGACACUUUAAGAAGCACAAAAGGGGUGUAUUUACUUAGAAACUGUGAAAUAGGUCAGGAAAGUCCCAGUUCAACUCUUUUGGUCUUUUACUCCCUUGGUAGAAACCUAAGGAGAUACUUGGCUUCGCGUCCAGCAGCGGCUUGAGCUGCGGACGCUUUUCUUUCUUUUUCUUAAAAACCUAAAAUAUGAAAACACUGCUGCCAGCAGAGAUUUGAAUGUAUUUAUUCCUCCUUAAGUUGACUUCCAUAGAACCAGGGGCACCUCUCCGGUCAGUUGCUACUGUUUUAUGGUGCUAAAGAAAAAAAAAAGAUGGUCCCCUUUGAGCAUUGCGGUAGGUAAACCCUCUUCGGCCCUUUAAAUGAAUGUAACAUAUCCAGUUCUUGUUUUAACAGUGUACACUGCGGAUUUUAACAUGUUCGGGGGAUAAUUUGCCUUUCUGUUUUUUUUGUUUUUCUUUUAGAACAAGCUUUAUAAAUAUUCUGUAGAGUCGAUUGAAGUAUAAUUCUUAAGGAUCGCUCUGAGACGCCUACAAAAUCUUGUAUAUUUUUAAGUGUGCCAAUUUGUAAAAUAUUUUGUAAGUGUAUAUUUUUCUUAGGAAAGUGCUGUGAAGUGUUUGUAUGUGUGAGGUUCCCCCUUUUCGGUGCCCCUCCUCUCCGGGUGCGAGCAAAAGGAUGUAUACUUUCAAAAUAAAAAGGGUUUCUGGUUUUAAAAACCAAAAUACAAAGAAAAAAAAUUUAAAACUUUUUGUUGGGAAUUUUGUAAUAAAUAAAAAAAAGACAUGUUGUGAAAGAGUGUAGUGAUAUUGUGUAAAGGAAACUGGACAAAAUUUGUGAGCGCUUUGCUGUUUUAUAGAUCCUCUUGUAAAUUAUUCUUGUAAUAUUUUUUGUUUUGUUGUUCUUGUUGCAAAAGGUUUUAAAUAUUUGUGACUGACUGUACGGUGAAAACGUCAUCUUGUUAACUUGCUGAGUUUUGUUAUAUUGUUUAUGGAAUAAAUAAAAAUAAAAAAUCUCAUUUUAA